AUGAGCUAUUCUCUCCCACUCUCCUACCUUCCACCCAACGAGUCUUUACCACCCUUGCAUUUCUUUCUCGUCUUCGCCUUUCUCAAUCAAACUGAUCUUUCUCAUCCGCUCGUCCGCUCGUCCGCCCGUCCUCUCGCCCUUGCCCCACUCGCGAAUUCCCCUUCCCGCGCGAACCUCGUCCUCGUGCCAAUGUUCUCCCCACGCGCGCAUGUCGCCCCUCUCUCUUUCCGCCGCGCUAAUUUCUUCUUCCUCCCCCUCUCCCGACACCCUUGUGGCGCGAAUUUCCUCCCCCCAGGCGGCAGCAGCGGCAUCGGCACGGAGACGGCGCGGGUGCUGGCGCUGCGAGGCGCGUCCGUGGUGCUCGCGGUGCGGAACACGGAGGCGGGGGAGGCCGCCAAAGCCACCAUCAUCAAGGACAUUGAGGGGCGGAGCGCAGCGGCGGCGGGGGUUCCGGCGGCGGUGCGCGAGCGCGUGAGCGUGAUGCCGCUGGAUUUGGCGUCGCUCAAGUCGGUGCGCGGGUUCGCCACGGAUUACUUGGGCCUUAACCGCCCGCUGCACCUGCUCAUGUACGCGCGGAGAUGGAAGGGGUGCGGGGGGGAGGGGAGGGGGCGAGGGAGGGGGAGGGGGUGA